AUGCGUUACGGCUAUGAACAUUCAAUUCUUGGCGAGGAGGAUUAUAUCCAAUUUCAUUAUCAAUUCAAUAUAUUUUCCUUCUUAGCAAUUGUUAAUCUAAUUUAUGGAAUUCCUUCUAUUAUUAUUCUAAUUAAAAUGUCAUAUUUCUACUGUAUCCACCAGAAGAAACCGAAUCCAAACGGGCCGCAUCCGGCGAUAUUUCGUCAGUUUAUAGUGAUGCAAGCCAUGUGUGUAUGCCACGUCACGAUUCGUUUACUCACCUUUAGGAUUCCGUUAACUGGACUGAUGACGUCAUGGUGUGCUUCUGAAGAGCCCAUGAGCACUCUUCAGCUUUUUGUAUUUAUGAACACUGGAGUUGCAUAUGGAAAAUAUAUUUCAAUUAUUUUAUUUUGUUUUUUGAGAGUUGUCCUUUUGUUUUCAUUGGAUCAUGUUACAGAGAAAAUCGGACGGCUACUUGCCUACUUGAGCCCCCUCUUCAUAAUUUUUGCAUUUCUGCUCGCUCUACCCCGUUUUUUCACAUUAUCCACAUGUGCUCAACUUGGCUGGCCUUUUCCACACGGAGCAAUUAUAAUUCGAACAUUCAUAGAUCAUUCUAGCAGUGUUACGCCAUCGGCAUUAAUCAUUGGAUUUUUCGUUCAACCUCUGACCGUGCUGACUGUCUUUACACUGGUUGUUCUGAUGUUUAAGAAGUUGCGCGAUAAAAAGAGAAUAAACUCAACUAGAAAAGCGAAUAAAAAAGCGGAACGAGUUCUUUCGGCAACCAUGAUUUUUCUUCUGUUCCCAGUAAUUGUCAAUUACUCAAUUGCGCUUUUCGAAUUUUUUGACCUAAUCAAUACUAUUUCGUAUAUAGUUCACUAUAUAAGUCUUGAUGCUCAAGCCCACGUCAUCACCUGGUAUUUCUACUGUACUCAUCCGAUUUUCAAGAAAAAAGUUGCGAGGAAGUUGGUGGUGAAGGCUGUGAGCACUAGUAAAUAA